AUGGCUUCCUUCCUCGAGAUCCUGGGCUGGGAGAUCGCGCAGAUGCUGCGGAUCUAUUUGUUCAUCAUGGAAAUUAUUCUCCUCCCCGUCAAGAACAUCGCGCAAGGCUUGGGUGACACCACGGAUGAGGAUGUUGGCAGCGCCUCGACGACCAACAACAACGACGACAGCAAUGAUCUCGCCGUUCCGAGCACCAAAGAUGGGACCAUCGAUGAGGAUACUGUCCUGGUACAAAGACUCGUAGCUAUUUCCAAGGCACGACUCGCUAACAUAUCACAGCUUCCUCCUCAGUCCGCCGCAUCGAUCGAGUUCUUCGCCACUCCAGAACUCUGCGAACGCUCACUUCUUCUACUGCCGUUGCUCGACAAACUCCACGCGCGUCAAGCCUCUCUCGCGCUUCGCGAUACCAUCCACGCUUCGCCAUCUCUCCAGCGUGGACUCUUUCUUCAGCCAGGACAAAUCCUCCACGACCCGACUGAUCUCCUGAUCUUCAAUCCUAUCCUCAUUCUCCAUCCCUUCGUCUUCGCCGCAAGGGUGGGAAUGCUCCGUGGCAUGCACAAGCUCUUCCUCACGCCAUUCCUCCUCAACUACAUCGAAACCUACAAGACAGCCACCCUGGGCACAAUCGGAGACAUGUUCAUUACUCAGCCGCCACAGACCAUUCUUCAAGUGGAGUACACCUGGACCAAGCCAUGUUUUGGCGAGGAUCAGACCGUCGUGGAGAAGCGGCUCUUCAUGGAUCGCGAAGGUAUCAAAGUCAAGGAUCUCAUGCGGUUCAUCGUGGAGAUGAAGUGGGGUAGGCCUGAUGCUCAGCUCUAUCAGGAGUGGGAUCAUGCCGAGGGAGAGGUCGCGGUUGUGGUGAGGGAAAUCACAUCUACACCACUCUACGCCGCAAGCAAAAUGUCGGCACCUCAACUCACCACAAACUACAUGGACAGCUCCACGAUCGCCGGCCACAUACCACCGGGUACAUUCACCCGCAACAGCAACAGCGACCGCAACGAAGUCCUCAGGAAAACACCAACCAACGGUCCAAACCCCCUUGAAGAGGUCUCACAUCCUACCCAAUCCACCGCCUCCCUCAAAUUCUUCGCCACUCCCGAGCUCCUCGAACUCGCCCUGAUCCGCCUCUCCGCCUGCGACACCGUCCGCGCAGCCCAAGAAUCCCACUCCCUCCGCGCCACGAUCCGCGGCUCGCCAACCAUCCAGCGAAAGCUCUUCCUCCUCGCCGACCACACCACGUACUACGUCAACCUCCCACGCAGGGACACAGACCGCCGCAUCCUAAAGAUCAACCCUUUCGUGCUCGACUACAGCUCCCUCUUCGGCCCUCCCUUCGGCCCUCCCUUCGAACGCUUGAGUUCGACAGAUUUAUCUCGCCGAAAGAUGCGCCUGAGCUAG